CCCAGUCUUAACCUCCUUAUCUCUCUCUCUCUCUCUCUCUCUUCCCAAAAUUAAUACACACACACAUUCUCUCUCUCUCUCUCUCUCUCUCUCACAUUCUCACCCACAGACAGAGUUUCUCUCUCUAACUCACUUUUCUCUGUUCCUGGAAUUUGGGGCUCUUUGGUUGUUGAAGCAGAGUUGGCACCUGGAGAUCUUCUCCUUCAAAUGGCGAACAGCUUCCACAUUAGCAACGGAGAAGCCGAGCUUCCCAAGCCGCCAUCGGCCUCGCUGCUCACCACGUCGGCUUCCUUCAAAGCCCGCAAGAAGCCCAUGAGCGCCUCCGCCGGCUCCGGCGCCACUAGUACCUUAUCCCGAGCUGGCUCCCAAGUCGAUGACAUCGUCACCCUCUUGCACGGUUCCGAUCCAGUUCGCGUCGAGCUCAACCGCCUCGAGAACGAAGUUCGAGAUAAAGAUAGGGAAUUGGGUGAUGCACUUGCAGAAAUAAAGUCGUUGAGGAAUUCAGAACGCCUGAAAGAGAAAGCAGUCGAAGAGUUGACGGAUGAGCUAAACAAAGUGGAUGGAAAACUUAAAGCAACUGAAGCCCUUCUAGAAAGCAAGAAUCUUGAGAUUAAAAAAAUUAUUGAUGAGAAAAAAGCUGCUUUGGCUGCACAAUUUGCUGCAGAAGCUACACUUAGAAGAGUUCAUGCUGCACAGAAAGAUGAUGAAAUGCCUCCCAUUGAGGCCAUUAUCACUCCAUUGGAAGCAGAGCUUAAGCUGGCAAGGCAGGAGGUAGCAAAGUUGCAGGAUGACAAUAGAGCACUUGAUCGGCUAACAAAAUCCAAGGAGGCUGCUCUACUUGAGGCAGAGAGAACUGUUGAGAUUGCUCUAGUGAAAGCAUCCUUGGUUGACGAUCUGCAAAAUAAGAACCAAGAGCUAAUGAAACAGAUAGAAAUAUGCCAGGAGGAGAACAAAAUCCUUGACAGGAUGCAUCGACAGAAAGUUGCUGAGGUUGAAAAGCUAACUCAAACUGUUCGUGAGCUUGAAGAGGCUGUUUUGGCUGGUGGGGCUGCUGCCAAUGCUGUGCGUGAUUUCCAGAGAAAAGUGCAAGAGAUGAAUGAGGAGAAAAAAACUUUGGAACGAGAGGUGGCUCGUGCAAAGGUUUCAGCAAAUCGUGUUGCCACUGUAGUUGCGAAUGAGUGGAAAGAUGGCAAUGACAAAGUGAUGCCUGUAAAGCAAUGGCUUGAAGAGAGAAAAUUUUUUCAGGGAGAAAUGCAACAGCUUCGAGAUAAACUGGCAGUAGCGGAGCGCACUGCCAAGGCAGAAGCCCAAUUAAAGGAAAAAUACCAAAUGCGAUUCAAAGUUUUGGAAGAUAGGCUUAAAGCAUCUAAUGGUAGUUCUCGAACAGCCUCAGAAUCUAGAAGCCUAAGCAACGGGCGUUCAAGGCGCCAGUCUCUUGGUGGAGUUGACUCUAGAUUGCCCUCCAAUGGCCAUUCAUCCAGGAAAAUUGCAAGUCCGCAAUUUGGUGCCCAGCGUUCCAGCAGUGCUGUUGCGCUAUUAAAGAAUUCCAAGAUCUCAUCUAGAUCAUUUGAUGGUGGUAGUAGAACUCUGGAUAGAGAUAAACCAACACCAGAUGCAUUAGGGAAAGACAGUGCACCUAACAUUGAUAGGGAUGACUCCCGAAUGGCUGAGAGAAUUGCUAAGAAUGAGGAGAGUACAGUUGGAACUUCAAUAGAGAAUUCCAGAACAGAACAUGAAGAUUAUGUUUCAGGAAUGCUGUAUGACAUGUUACAGAAGGAAGUUGUAUCUUUGAGGAAAGCUUGCCAUGAGAAAGAUCAGACCCUUAAGGACAAAGAUGAUGCAAUUGAGAUGUUGGCGAAGAAGGUUGACACAUUGAACAAAGCAAUGGAAGUUGAGGCCAAAAAGAUGCGAAGAGAAGUCGCCACCAUGGAAAAGGAAGUUGCUGCUAUGCGUGUUGGCAAGGACCAUGAACAGAGAAUGAGGCGCCUUAGUGUUUCUAGAACAGCUGUAAAUAGUUCUCAUUCACUUUCUGCGAGGAAUGCAAGAAAGUCAUAGGUCAUUUUUGUCUGGCUGUGACACAAGGACAAGACAAGGGCAGCAUUUUUCACUCUUGGGCUCUACGAUCAACAUGGCCGGCUAAAGGUCAAGGCCACUAAGGCCUGUGCCUAAUGCCCCACAAAAAGAAUGAGCAAAUGUAAAAAUAUCAUGUUAAAUAUAUGAUACUUAUAUAUAUAUAUAUAUAUAUAUAUAUAUGUAUGUAUUUGUCUCUAUAUAACAUUUUAUCUGUUGUAUAAAAUAUAUUCUUUUUCUUGAAAAUAUAAAAGUUUUGGGGUGCAUCCAGUGACA